AUGGCGGCAAUUGACUCUCCCGUCGCCAACGGGCACAAGUCCGACAAGAAAAGCAAGAAAGAAAAGAAGGAGAAGAAGCGUUCGCGUGAGGAGGAUACCGAAGCCAGCGAAGAACGCAGGCACAAGCGCUCCAAGAGCGUCGGCGUGACCAAGGACGACACCAACGACGACGACAACGAUGACGAAACUCCCGCCGGCUCUCAGGACCUCUCCUUCGCCAAUGGCGAGCCGUCGCCCGAGAAGAAGCGGAAACACAAGAAGGACAAACACAGCAAGUCGAUAGGCGAGGCCGACGGGGACGCAUCCGAUGCCGAGCGCAAAGAGAAGAAGGACAAGAAGAAGAAGCGCAAGUCGCAAGGCGUCGAGGAUGCUUCUGUCGAGGCCGAGCCGGCCAGUGAGAAGAAGGACAAGAAGAGCAAGAAGUCCAAGGCAGCGUCCCCCGGGCCCGCAGCCGAACAAGACGACGAUGCCAUGGAUAUCGACUCUACCACAAAGUCACAAUCGACAUCGAAAGCCCACCAACCCCCCGAUGCGCCCUCCAAGCCCCAAUUCCCCUUCUUCAGCCAGACCGUCUCGCUAUACCUCCCCAUCUACCCCAUAGGCUGGGACACCCCUUGCACCGCCGCCGCAACGCAGCACCUCGAGCCUCUCGUGAACCGCUACGUCCCGGAGCUCAAGGGUGUGCUCCUCGCCUUCCGCAACGUCGCCCUCUCCGAGCAGCCCGGCCGCCGCUACGCCGCUAAAUCUGAUAGCGAGCGCUGCGACCUCAUUGCCGUCGACGAGUUCGCUGUCGGAUUCGGCUAUGUCACCGUCGACGUCGACCUUUUCAUUCCCCGCCGCGGCGCCUGGAUGGAAGGCAGCAUCAACCUUGAGAACGAGGGUCACAUUGGCGUUGUGUGCUGGGGCAAGUUCAACGCCAGCAUCGAGUCCGCCCGCUUGCCGGCCGAGUGGCGCUGGGUGCACGCCGACUCACCCGAGGCGGCGAACUACGUCAGCGAUCCCUUCGCCGAGACUGAAAACGUCGAGGCGCAAGAGGCCGAGGACGAGCACGGCGCCGUGCGCCAGAUCCACACGACGGGUUUCUGGGUCGACGGCAGCGGCGAGAAGGUCAAGGGCCGCGUCAGGUUCCGCAUCAAGGCCUUUGACGUCGGCGUCAGCGGCGAUCACGGAUACCUCAGUAUCGAGGGCACGAUGCUCGACGCCGCAAGCGAGUUGGCGGCCGUCAAGCGCGACGCGGAGCAGGAGCGCCGGCGCAGGGUGGGCAAGAGCGCCGGCAUCCUCAGCAAGGAGCGGCGCCGCAUGCCCGAUUUCAGCGUCACCAAGUUCGGCGCGGUCGAGGACGAGGAGGAGAAGGCGCUGAAGCAGGAAGUGUGGAACACGACGGCCCCCGUGACGGACGACGAGGGCGCGGGCAAGGAGGCGUUUGCUGGCAUUUCGGAGGAGGCAUAG